CACAAGGGGGAUCAAAGUUUUACAUACAAAUAUAUAGUUAAAAUCUUUUUCUCAAUAACCACUGAGUCAGAAAAGCUGAUAUUUACAAGAAAACUUUCUGACAUAGUGCAGAUUCAAGUUUGUUCAAAUCAUGGACCCCGGGGUGUAGGAUGGGGCCACAAGUAGGGGGGGGGGGGGUGUCAAAGUUAUACAUACAAAUAUAUAGGAAAAAUCUUCUUCUCAAGAACCAUAAUCUCAGCGAGAUUCGUCGAGGCUGGAUAUUUGGACUGACGCCUCUUCCGAAUCUCAGACCAGUGUCACAUAAAGUGAUUCGGGAAAUCUUGCCUGAACUUCGGCCGCUUGUUGCGAUUAAAAUGGGUUAAAUUGAAUUUCUUGUCCGCUUCAACUUUUCGCCUUAGACAUCUUAUUAACUCCCUAUCACAAUGAAACAUGCAUUUCUUACCUUUACAAGGUGUAAAUCCCACAGUAAUUCAAGUUGGCUAUUUUCGAAGUCAUUUCAAACGGCCACCAUUUCAUAUUUUACCUUCUCAACACUGGAGAGUUCCGAUAUACUACUUCAUGACAAUUUGUACUAUGAUUGAAAAUGCAGAACUUACUGGUUGACAAUUACUUUGUACAAAGUAUUUAAGCAUAAAAAUUAAAAGCAAUAAAAAGAAAACUGUGUAACAUUUAAUCAAUCUAUUUGAAGGCGUCCUAAACUAUCGGAACUCUUCAGUGUUGAGAAGAACAGAGCUCGGUACAAGAAACAAACAUGUGGAGGUUAAUGCUGGUGUGUCUGUUCGUGUGUCACAUUGUCAACAGUCAAAAGUCCUCCCCGACUGCAGGGGCUGGUGAAGCUGCAGAACCCCCCGAGGCACCUGAACCCCCCGAGGUAACAGCCCCACCGAAGCCGGCCAAGGGAAGUAAUCCAGGAACGAAUUCAGCAGCAGGCUCUGUCAAAGCAUCUCCCACUGGCGAACCCGCCGAGCCACCGGAACCGACGGACCCACCCGAGAUCACAGUCAAACCUGUCGUUCCCGCAGCUAACUCUGCUGGAAGUACGAAGACGACAAAAACAACCAACGCUGGUCCCUCUGCUGGAGGCGUGGUCACGACUACUUCCAAACCCGGCCCAACUCAAGGGGCGGUCAACCAAGCACCCAAUAAUGGCAAAACAUCGCCAACAACGGAACCACCCGAGCCUACUGAAGCCCCGGAGCCUGGAGCCGGCGCGGAGGCAGGAACCGGGGGCGCUGAAGCAGCAGAGGCCGGGGGUGCGGAAGCAGCAGAGGCCGGGGGUGCGGAAGCAGCAGAGGCCGGGGGUGCGGAAGCAGGUGGUGGAGGGGCAGGGACCGCGUAAACAAUGGAAUUAAAACAAGAAGCUCUGAUAGAGUAGAACAGAACUCGGAAUGCCGAGAAUGGAAUGCAGUCGAUAUCUAUUUGCAUAAUUCCUUAACUGAUUGAAGAUCAUAUUAACUUUGAGAAAAUAGUAAAAUAAUACUAAACCGUAGUUUUGGAAGACUUAUAUUUACUGACAUUUCUAAUAUUUACAUACAUGAACAAGUCAGGGAUGUGACUAAAUUCCUCAGAAAUGAGAGGAAAACUUGUCAAAAAGGGAGGAAAACACCUCACCCUACCUGGAAAAAUAUCAUUUUGUGCCACUUUAGAUCAAAUCCAGAGUGUUUCAUUUUUUCGAAAAUUGAGUAAAUCAGAGGAUUUCCUCUGAAAAGAGGAAAAAUCACACCCCUGACAAGUACCAUUGAUAAAUCUAGCCACAGCAAUGACACUCAUACCAAGUGAUUUUGAAGUAUGUCAUCGCAAAUCUCCCAAGUGGGAGACGAAUAAAGCAUAGUCAUUUGUGUUUCUGCCAUUGUUAUGUUACAGAAAUAUCCGACACACUUCUCUCAUUCAUUCAAAUAUUGAAUGACUUUAAUUUUCCCUGUAUCAACCUCCCCAAUCCAGAGCUUAUCAGAGGAGUCCACAUCAAUUCCGUAAAUUCCCGAGACAUCGCAAUUGUCGACGUAACACAGAAAGUGUCGGUCACUGCUGAUCACGUGGACACAGUCAUUGUCGCCGUCGGCGAUUAGGAUGUGACCUUGACUGUCCGUGGCGAUGCUGCACGGAAAAAAAGUUUCAAAUUUCCGUUGCGAAAGGACAUUGUUGUAGAUGAACUUGAAUUUUCCCUCUUGACUCACGACAACAACGGAGUUGAUCCCGUGGUCAGACACACAUACAUCGUUAUUGAUGACGUUUUCGGCAAUGAAGGUUGCGUAUCUGAACAAGCUUUCUCCCCUCUCAUCAUAUUGAAUGACCAUUCUCAGUUUUGGUUCUACUGUUUGUAGAGUCGCAAGUUCUUGAUUUUCUUCUAUCUGCCUUUGAAUAGCAUACUUCAUGACUUUGCUAUGUCCUUCUAAUUCGUUGUACAAGCUAACUAAAAUCCCACCUUCUGACGUUACACAAAUACCUUGAGGUCUCCACAUUUCGUACCGUAGAAGCGCCCUCUGGUUUUUGUUCUGAACCAUCUUUACAGUGCGCUCUAUGUUGUCGCAGUAGAGGAGUUCCUUGUCUUGGCUAACGGCUAGAUCGUGAGGGACGUAUCCCGAACCUGUGUGUACGAUUUCAAGCACAUUCCCUUCUCCGUCAAUACGUACAAUGUCCGAUUUGUUUCCACUUACCCAAACACCAUUCUUGUCGUGACAAGCAAUGCGUUGGACUUGUUCGAAACUGGUGUCGAUGAUGGCAGAUAAACUGGGCAUCAGUAAGAAAUCUUUUCCCUCUUUCACUGCCUUAUCCGCCUUCUUCUCCUUGUCAGCCUCCACGUUUACAGAUUUCUCUUUAAAGCUACCUUUCAGUGAAGUCUCUAACGUCCCGAAUAGAUUGCACAUCUCUUCCGUUGUGAUUUUAACUCGCCUAAAAUCAGGGACAGGGACAGGCAUUUCGGACUUCACGGUUUUGAAUUUUCCCAUGUCAACAUUAUAAGAGAUUGCUUCUGUAACAUCGUUUGAUUGCAGAAGUCGCCUGUUUUCCUUGAUCAAGUCUUGAAUGUCGGUCAGCAGACUGGAGAGUUCCGACACGCGAUUUUUCAAUGUUGACACUGAUUCUUUCUCCAUUUUCUCAGCCUCGUCUUCAAACCGUUUGGUUACGACAUCCACCAUUCGAUGUAUGUCCUGUCCAUGUUUCUUAAUGGCUGAUUUUAGCAGUUGAUAUUCAGGUUCUAGAGUGGACAGGCGAGAUUCCGUGUUAGAAAUCAUAUUUUGGUACUGAGGAACACAUAUUUUUUCUAAAUUGUAUACAUCUUGAUGAAUUGUAUCCAAUUUGGACUUGAAAAUUUCCAUCAAAUCUGCAAUAUCGUGGAACUUGUGCACAGUCGUAAUGCAUUUCGAACACACUACCGAGUCACAUGUUAGACAUUUCAGCUCGCAUUUUGCGUUCAGAUGAAACUGACACGUAGGAAGUAUUGGAUCCGACUUCCGUCCGAUAAAAGUGACAAUUUCGUGAGUCGUUUGGAUUUUUGACACGUGUUUUGAGACACACUGUCCACAUAAUCUGACGUCACAUCUGUUGCAUUGCAGUUCGACGGAGUUAGAACAGAGAUCACAUUUGAUAACAUCCUGCGCAGCUUUAAGGUCAAGACUUGCUAUGUCUCGUGUCGCAGAAGCUAUAGCCAUGGCUCGAUCUCAAACGGCAUGAAUUAGGCUUACAUCUGAAAU